UUGGUUCAAGUGACGUUCUACAAAUUAUCCGAUUGUAUCCAUCCGUUUUCCGAAAUACAGCUGCCGCUUUUCGCUAAUUGUAGUCUGUGCUGUAAAAUAAGGUAAAAUGGCGCUGAGUUCUCAAGGAACAAAGAAAAAAGUUUGCUACUAUUAUGAUGGUGAUGUUGGGAAUUACUACUAUGGCCAGGGCCACCCCAUGAAGCCACACCGUAUACGCAUGACACACAACCUCUUGCUGAACUACGGUCUCUACAGAAAGAUGGAGAUAUACCGACCUCACAAAGCCAAUGGAGAGGAGAUGACCAAGUACCACAGUGAUGACUACAUCAAGUUCCUGCGUUCCAUUCGUCCAGACAACAUGUCAGAGUACAGCAAACAGAUGCAGAGAUUUAACGUUGGAGAGGAUUGCCCUGUGUUUGAUGGCCUGUUUGAGUUCUGCCAGCUCUCAACAGGAGGCUCUGUUGCUGGAGCUGUGAAGCUAAACAAACAGCAGACAGACAUUGCCAUUAACUGGGCCGGAGGCCUCCAUCACGCCAAGAAGUCUGAGGCGUCAGGUUUCUGCUAUGUGAAUGACAUUGUGCUCGCCAUUCUGGAGUUACUGAAAUACCACCAGAGAGUCCUGUACAUAGACAUUGAUAUCCACCAUGGAGAUGGAGUGGAGGAGGCGUUUUACACCACAGACAGGGUCAUGACCGUGUCCUUCCACAAGUAUGGAGAGUACUUCCCCGGCACCGGAGACCUGAGGGAUAUUGGCGCCGGGAAGGGAAAGUACUAUGCUGUGAAUUACCCUCUGAGAGAUGGUAUAGACGACGAGUCUUACGAAGCCAUAUUCAAACCUAUCAUGGCUAAGGUGAUGGAGAUGUACCAGCCUAGUGCAGUGGUUCUUCAGUGUGGAGCCGACUCCCUCUCAGGAGACAGGCUUGGCUGCUUUAACCUCACCAUCAAAGGCCAUGCUAAGUGUGUGGAGUACAUGAAGAGCUUCAACCUGCCCCUGCUGAUGCUGGGUGGUGGAGGCUACACCAUCCGCAACGUGGCCCGCUGCUGGACCUAUGAGACAGCCGUGGCCCUGGACAGCUCCAUACCCAAUGAGCUUCCAUACAAUGAUUACUUUGAGUACUUUGGGCCGGACUUCAAACUGCACAUCAGCCCCUCUAACAUGACCAACCAGAACACCAACGACUACCUGGAGAAGAUCAAGCAGCGUCUGUUUGAGAACCUGCGCAUGCUGCCCCAUGCCCCGGGUGUUCAGAUGCAGGCCAUCCCAGAAGACGCUGUGCAGGAGGACAGUGGAGACGAGGAGGAGGAAGACCCUAACAAACGCAUCUCCAUCCGUGCCCACGAUAAGAGGAUAGCAUGUGACGAGGAGUUCUCUGACUCUGAGGACGAGGCUGAGGGUCAAGGGGGCGGACGCAGAAAUGCAGCCAGCUUCAAGAAGGCCAAGAGAACCAAGACUGAGGAAGACAAAGAGGGUGAGGAGAAGAAAGCAGGUGAUGAAAAGAAAGCUGAUGAGAAGAAAGACGUAAAAGAAGAAAAGGUGCCAGAUGAGGAGAAAAUGGACACCUCCACAAAGGGGCCAAAAGAGGAGACCAAGACACCGUGAGGAGCUCCUAGCUCUCUUUAAAGCGAUCGUACCGGUUCUGUUUUUCAGAGCAGUUACCUUUACUGGCUGCUACAAAGAAUAUCCCUGAAGGACUAUACAUUUUAAUGACAGAUCCUGCUCCUUCAAGUUGGAAUGGGCUAAAUGUCUUUUCUAGAACAUAUAAAUGUUUCUGGUCAAGGACUGAAAUUCAAAUGGAGUGAUUUUAUUUGUAAGUACUGUUUUCUGUAUGCUUAGGCCCAUUUUGUUUAGAAUCUUUUUAUCCUAUGAAAACAGCUUCUCCUUACUCAAAAAUGUCUGUAGUCUAUAUUAAAGGCCUAGCGUGAAGUAUUAUGCUUUUUA